AUGGGGAAGAGGUAUGAGACAAAUGCUGAAGAAUCAGGUCGGAGAACUAGCUCGCCUCAGGUGGGCAAGCCUUUACUAACCCAAGCUGAAACGCCAGCCUGGACUUUGCGUCGGACUGCCCGACUGGCCGACCUCACCACUAGUCCGUCUAUUUACUUCAGCUACUCGUUGGUAACUUCGAGUCCCAGACAGCAGCAGCCCAGACAGCCUGAAAGUCUUCAGGCGCAGGGACAAGAUGGAUUACUGUUGUCGAGUCGAGUCGGGGCGAGCCAGGAGAGGAAAAGAGGGAAGGAGACCAGAGACCAUGGGAAAGGCUGGGCUGGGCUGCAUCUAGUUCCUGGCAUCAGAAAGAAAAAGAUACCCCUGAUCCCUCGCACCGCCCCGGCUGGUUCCUCCCAACUUCACCCACCGUCUUCGUCCGUGGUCCCAGAGGUCUGUGACAGACGCCUGGUGACGGCCGCGAUCGAUUGGGCGGCCGCAUGGGUCUGGCCGGAGACUGCAGCCAACCAGCAGCGCCCCAGCGCGAGGGACUUUCCCCUCCGGGCGAAGACGAAGGAAUUCGUCCGGUCGCAAGAUCACCCGAAAGGGACUAGUGGCGAGGGCAUGGGGCAGGGGCCUAAUCAUCGUCAUCCUGACUUGCACAUUCCAGCAAUCCCACUGGUGUUUCCAUAG